UUGAUUCAUUCAUUCAUUCAUUCCUUUUUCUUUUACGGGUUUAACCAAGAGCAGCAGCCAAUGACGGCCCCGUUCUACAGCGCCUGCCUCGUUGCUAUAGGAGCCGUCGCCCCAUUCCCAUGGAAACAGGUUUUGUUGUGCCUGGUUUUCCGCUUCCCUACGCCCCGAUUCGAACUCUCGGACGGAGGAGCUGCUGUGGAGAGCACCGCCAAAGGAUCUUCUGCUUGCCAUAAUGGCCAAGUUGAUGCAAGCACCCCCUAAGUUUCUGCCCCCCGAAUGGUACAUUGCUAACAAGAUCCAAUACAGUAGUGCCGAGGCCCAGCGCUCUCGUUCGGAACGCUUGGUGGAUGAGAGCCAGCGGCUGGUAGAUGAAAUCGAGAGGACCACUCAGAAGACCCAGAGUGAUGUCAACAAGAGAAUAGAACAGAGACUUGAGGAGAUAAAAUUCUGGAGGCAGCAGUUGGAUGACAAGCUUGACCAGAUUGUGAAGGAGACUGAAGUGCUUUUGUCAUUCAAAACAAGGCUGGAAAAGGCUCUGGAGGGCUGCAAAGAACCACUUUUCACUGCUCAGGAGUGUCUCUUAAACCGGGAAAGGCGGGUUGGCAUUGACUUGGUCCAUGAUGAAGUGGAACGGGAGCUGAUCAAAGAAGUUGAGGUCUUCCAGGGAGUUGUUGCUCUGCUUGAACGUACACUGGAACAAACUGAUGAGCAACUCAGGCUUAAUCGCACAGCCAAAUACAAUCUUGAACAGGACUUGAAGGAUAAAUUCACGGCCUUCACAAUUGACAACUAUUGCUCCAAUCUGACCAACAACUCUACUGAUAUUGGAUAUGCCCAAAAUGUUGUGAAGGUUGAGGAGAACUCAGUGAGCCCUGAACAAUGGCUGGAUUUCUCCAACACAAAUGUUGAAAAAGCUGACAAACAGCGAAACAAUUCCCUGGCUCUCAGAGCCUUGAUUGACAGCAUUUUGUCCCAGACUGCAAGUGACAUGCGCAAGCAAAACAGGACAGUAAACAUUGCGUUCCAGAAUAGGGUGAAGGAGACCAAGGAUGCCAAGAACAAAUUAGAAAUACACCUGGCAAAGCUGAUGGAGGAGAUCAACUCUCAGACCAAAAAUAUUGAUGCUCUGAGGAAAGCUAUCCUGGAUAAGAAGGGGCCAGCCCAGGUGGCCCAAACUCGCCUGGAGACCCGCACUCACCGUCCAAAUGUAGAGCUUUGCCGAGACAUGGUGCAAUAUCGACUCAUGAAUGAAGUGCAGGAAAUCAACCAUAAUAUCCAGAGGCUGAUGGACACAUUGGCUCAGGCUGAAAUAGAACUGAAAGGCCUAAACCGCCGGCAGCUCUCCCUGGAGGAAGAGAUUGAAGUCAAAGCAAAUACUCUUUAUAUUGAUGAAGUGCUCUGCAUGCAGAUGAGAGAGUCCAUUUCCAUCAAUAAUUUCUGAUCCGUGAGGCUGGCGGAAUCUCUGCUUGGCUGGACCCUUACGAGUAGAUCUUGAAACAUUGGCUUAAAACUUUCGAGAAUCUUUUAUAGAAGCCAAACAUCUGCCCUGAACUUUCUACCAGAUAAUAAAUUAGUGAAACCUUGAGCCCAAGUUCAUCAUAAACUCUUGGAAGGUCCCUGUGACAGAGGACUAGGGUGAAAGUGACGAUGGCUGGGAAGAAAACAAGUAGGACUUGAACUAGUGUCUUUAGUGCAGAUCAGGGGUGGGGUUCAAAUUUUUUUGCAACCGGUUCUCUGCCUGGUUACUGGGUGUGUGGUCAUGGUGGGCGUCACCUACUUGGCCUCCUGCACCACAGUGGGGGGUGGGUGGGUUUUGCUCUCCCCAGGCACCGGGAGGCUUUUCUCAUGGCUCCGGUAUGGCCCAUUUCCAGACUUCGGGAGGUCUGUUUUUCAUCCUCCCAGAGCAGU